GUUCUACAUUUUAUUAAAUCAACAUAAAAAUACUUCAAGUUACUUGAAGAACAAACAUCACAAACAUCUAAAUUAUUUAAUAUACAUAAAUUUUCUAAUACCAUUGUUAUGUUAUUGUUGUAAUUGUACUGAUAACUUUUAAAAAUGAAUCGACAAAAAAUAUCAAUGAAUUUCGAUGGGAAGAGGAAUUUGGAGCAACGGAAGGUUUACAAAGAACAUCUUUUAAGGAUAAAAAACCCACAAUCCAAAAUAAAUAAUUCUGCACCACCACUUCCAGUUGCCUUUUAUUAUGAUGCAGGAAAUUUAGACAAUGAUACAAGAAGAAUUGAUGAAAUAGACAGUAAAAAUAUGAAUCUGUUAAAACAUAUCAACACCAUUUAUAGGACUAUUGGAAAAGUUGAUUCGAGUUUUCCAACUCUAUUGAGAUCUACAAACUUUUAUGGCCGAGUGCAUAACAAUAAGAAAAUUGAAAAAGAAAAUAAGUUAUUUUAUAAUCUUUUGAUGAACAAGGGCACUUACUAUAGCCGUAAAGAGCUUGAGAAAGACUAUGCGAGAAAUUUGGAAAAUGUGGUAUUUGCUUCACGACACCCAGAAUUUUAUAAUGAAGAGUAUUUCCUAUUGCCGUUGGAACGAUGGGAUAUUAUAAAUCCUGCAAUAACUAAGCCCAACCUUCUUCCUCACGGGGAACCAAAGAGGGUCAGAUGUUUGUUCCACAUCGGUAUUGAAGAUAAAAUGGGUCUUAGGAAAUUGGGUAAACUGCUUAUUGAAGUUUACCGUGACUGGGCGCCAAAACAGGGAGACCAUUUUUUAAAUCUCGUUAGGGGGUUCAAUGGCAAAUCUUAUGUAGGCAGUCCAUUUCAUAGAAUUCAAAAAGGGUUUGCUUGUGUCUCAGGCGAUGUCACAAAAAAGACAGGAUUAGGCGUCUACUCAAUUUAUGACGAAUGUUAUCCAAAUGAAAAUAACUAUUUACAGUUUAACGGUCCAGGUGUUGUCUCAUCAUUCUCACUGAAACCAGGCCAUAAUCACUCGCAAUUCAUGAUUUCCUUUCGAAAACUGGAAAUAUGCAAUAAAGAAUUUACAGUCUUUGGAAGAGUUGUUCUCAGUUUAGGAACAUUGAGCAGUAUUGAAGAGUAUGGUACGGCUAGUGGAGCACCAACUAAAAAAAUUGUCAUAACUAAAUGUUCCAUAAUGAAAUCCAAUACGAAUUUCCUUGAUAACACUCUUGAAAAAUACCCAAAACUCAAUCUCGGCCGAAGGCUGACAAAGAGAAUGAAAGAAGAUAUCGAGAAAUUUGCACUAAAAUCUGAAUGCGGAUGCCCUCUUUAUAGAGCCAUUUCAGAUUCUUCUGAUGAAUACAUGGACUUGUAUGCUGUAAACGAACAAGGUUCACAUGAUGCAAUUAAACGACAACAACCGUCAAUGGAUGGGUUGAGAAUGGAGAAGCAAUCAAUUGAUACAUUGAUAACAGAGAAACGAUCCAUUGAAACGUUGAGAGCUGAGAAACGCUCUAUUGAUACGAUGUUAUCAGAGAAACGAUCUACUGACACUGUCAAAUCUGAGAAACAUUCCAUUGAUACAGUGAAAUCGGAGAAGCGCUCCUUAGACGCAAUAAAACCAAAAAAACAUUCUGUUGAUACAAUGAAAAUAGAGAAACAUUCUAACGACACAAUGGAUCAUAUCUCAAAUGAAUUCAAACGAAAUAAAUCUAGUCUACAAAAAUUCAGUUCAGAACGAAUAUUAACAAAACAACCUACACAGGAAAGCAUUCAAAAUGGAAAAAGAAAGAAGGAGCAUAUUUAUUGGAACAAAUGAAUAAUGUUAAUGACGUACAUCUCCUAUAAAGUUCAACAUUAGUUGUUCAGUUUGUAUGAUUCCGCACUCUUGGGAAUUCAAUACACAAUCAUUAAAUACUAGUUUUUAAAUGGCCAUAGUGCGUAUGUAUUUGUU